UACGUUUUCAAGCUGGAGUGGCAGCGCUGGACCUCUCCUUUGCCUUUCUUUCUAGAGCAAACAAAAUAUUAAAUACCACGGGAGGAAAAAAAUGGCGAACGACUCUCCUGCAAAAAGUCUGGGAGACAUAGACCUUUCCUCUUUGCGGGAUCCUGCUGGGAUUUUUGAGCUGGUGGAAGUGGUAGGCAAUGGCACAUACGGGCAAGUUUACAAGGGUCGACAUGUCAAGACAGGUCAACUGGCAGCCAUCAAAGUCAUGGAUGUUACGGAGGAUGAAGAAGAAGAAAUCAAACUGGAGAUAAAUAUGUUGAAGAAAUACUCCCAUCACAGAAAUAUUGCGACUUACUAUGGUGCUUUCAUUAAGAAAAGUCCCCCAGGGCAUGAUGAUCAACUGUGGCUCGUUAUGGAGUUUUGUGGUGCAGGCUCUAUUACAGAUCUUGUGAAAAACACGAAAGGAAGUACUCUGAAGGAAGACUGGAUAGCAUACAUCUCUAGAGAAAUUCUCAGGGGAUUGGCACAUCUCCAUGCUCAUCAUGUGAUUCAUCGGGAUAUCAAAGGACAGAAUGUAUUGUUAACAGAAAAUGCAGAGGUGAAGUUGGUGGAUUUUGGUGUGAGUGCUCAGCUGGACAGGACAGUUGGUAGAAGAAAUACCUUUAUUGGAACACCUUACUGGAUGGCUCCAGAAGUUAUUGCCUGUGACGAAAACCCAGAUGCUACAUAUGAUUACAGAAGUGACCUUUGGUCAUGUGGCAUUACAGCCAUAGAGAUGGCAGAAGGAGCUCCCCCCCUCUGUGACAUGCAUCCAAUGAGAGCCCUUUUUCUCAUUCCAAGAAACCCUCCUCCACGGCUAAAAUCCAAGAAAUGGUCAAAGAAGUUCUUUAGUUUUAUAGAGGGCUGUUUAGUGAAAAAUUAUAUGCAACGACCUUCUACAGAGCAGCUUUUAAAACAUCCAUUUAUACGUGAUCAGCCAAACGAAAGGCAAGUCCGAAUCCAGCUUAAAGAUCAUAUAGACAGAACAAGGAAGAAGAGAGGAGAGAAAGAUGAAACAGAAUACGAGUAUAGUGGAAGUGAAGAGGAGGAGGAGGAAGUGCCUGAACAAGAAGGAGAGCCAAGCUCUAUUGUUAAUGUGCCUGGAGAAUCUACUCUGAGACGUGAUUUCCUGAGAUUGCAGCAGGAAAACAAGGAGCGUUCUGAGGCUCUUCGAAGACAACAGCUGCUACAGGAACAGCAGCUCCGAGAGCAAGAGGAGUACAAGAGGCAGCUGCUGGCAGAGAGACAAAAGCGCAUUGAGCAACAAAAAGAGCAAAGGAGGCGAUUAGAAGAGCAACAAAGAAGAGAACGAGAAGCUCGAAGGCAGCAAGAGCGGGAGCAGCGGAGAAGAGAACAGGAGGAGAAGAAGCGAUUAGAGGAAAUGGAAAAGAGACGUAAGGAAGAAGAAGAAAGGAGGAGAGCUGAGGAAGAAAAGAGGAGAGUAGAGAGAGAACAGGAGUAUAUCAGGCGACAGCUAGAAGAGGAGCAGCGGCACUUGGAAAUUCUUCAGCAGCAGCUGCUCCAGGAGCAGGCCAUGUUACUGGAAUACAGAUGGCGAGAGAUGGAAGAACAUCGGCAAGCAGAGCGUCUCCAACGUCAGUUGCAACAGGAGCAGGCAUAUCUUUUGUCUCUUCAGCAUGACCACAGGAGGCAGCAGCAACAACCGCAAGAAAGGAAUAAACCAAACUACCAUACCCCUGAGCCUAAAUCCCAUUAUGAAGCUACUGAAAGACCACGGGAGGUUGAUGAUCGCUAUAGAAAGAAUAAUCAGGGCUCCCCUGAAGCACAGUCUAAACAGACAAGCAAAGCAUUGGAGCCACCAGUGCCUUCAAGAUCAGAGUCCUUCUCAAAUGGAAAUUCUGAGCCUGUUCAGCCUUCAUUGCAAAAGCCAAUGGAACCACAGGUACAGUGGUCCCAUCUGGCAUCUCUCAAGAACAAUGUUUCCCCUGUCUCGCGGUCCCAUUCCUUCAGUGACCCUUCUCCCAAAUUUGCACAUCACCAUCUUCGCUCUCAGGACCCAUAUCCACCUUCACGCAGUGAAGUGCUAAGUCAGAGUUCUGACUCUAAGUCUGAGGUACCUGACCCCACCCAAAAGGCUUGGGCUAGAUCAGACAGUGACGAGGUGCCUCCAAGGGUACCUGUGAGAACAACAUCAAGAUCACCUGUGUUAUCUCGUCGAGAUUCUCCACUGCAGGGCAGUGGGCAGCAAAAUAACCAAGCAGGUCAAAGAAACUCUACAAGCAAUAUAGAGCCUCGUCUGCUCUGGGAGAGAGUAGAGAAGCUGGUCCCCAGACCAGGAAGUGGCAGCUCCUCUGGUUCUAGCAAUUCAGGUUCACAGCCCGGCUCACAUCCUGGGUCUCAGAGUGGAUCUGGAGAGAGAUUUCGAAUGAGAUCAUCAUCAAAAUCUGAAGGGUCACCAUCACAACGUAAUGAAAAUGCAACUAAAAAGGCUGAAGAGAAGAAGGAAGCCUUCAGACCUAGCAAACCUGUGGGCGAAGUGGAUUUAACUGCUUUGGCAAAGGAAUUGCGGGCAGUGGAGGAUGUGCGACCUCCCCAUAAAGUGACAGAUUAUUCUUCAUCCAGUGAAGAAUCAGGGACAACAGAUGAAGAUGAUGAUGACAUAGAGCAAGAAGGAGUUGAUGAAUCUACUUCUGGACCAGAAGAUGCCAGAGCAGUAUCUACUCUAAACCUCAGCAAUGGAGAAACUGAAUCAGUAAAGACCAUGAUUGUGCAUGAUGAUGUGGAGAGUGAACCUGCCAUGACUCCUUCCAAGGAGGGCACUUUAAUCGUCCGGCAGAGUACAGUUGACACAAAGCGUGCCAGCCAUCAUGAGAGCAAUGGCUUUGCCGGUCGCAUUCACCUCUUGCCAGAUCUCUUGCAGCAAAGCCAUUCCUCCUCCACUUCCUCCACCUCCUCCUCCCCAUCCUCCAGCCAGCCGACACCCACCAUGUCCCCACAGACACCCCAGGACAAGCUAACUACUAAUGAGACUCAGUCCGCUAGUAAUACACUGCAGAAACACAAAUCUUCCUCCUCCUUUACACCUUUUAUAGACCCCAGAUUACUACAGAUUUCUCCAUCUAGUGGAACAACUGUGACUUCUGUUGUAGGAUUCUCUAGUGAAGCAAUGAGAUCAGAGGCAAUAAGGCAAGAUCCAACCAGAAAAGGAUCUGUUGUUAAUGUGAACCCUACCAAUACACGGCCACAGAGUGACACCCCAGAGAUUCGCAAAUAUAAAAAGAGAUUCAAUUCUGAGAUCUUAUGUGCUGCCUUAUGGGGGGUGAAUUUGUUAGUGGGAACAGAGAGUGGCCUAAUGCUGCUGGACAGAAGUGGCCAAGGGAAGGUGUAUCCAUUAAUAAAUCGAAGGCGGUUCCAGCAAAUGGAUGUACUUGAAGGUCUGAAUGUCUUGGUGACAAUAUCAGGCAAGAAAAACAAAUUGAGAGUUUAUUACUUGUCCUGGUUAAGAAACAAAAUCCUUCACAAUGACCCUGAAGUAGAAAAGAAACAAGGCUGGACAACUGUGGGUGAUUUGGAAGGCUGUGUGCACUAUAAAGUUGUAAAAUAUGAAAGAAUCAAGUUCUUAGUAAUUGCUUUGAAGUGUUCUGUGGAAGUCUAUGCCUGGGCACCAAAGCCAUACCACAAAUUCAUGGCAUUUAAGUCAUUUGGAGACUUGGGACAUAAGCCAUUAUUAGUGGAUCUUACUGUAGAAGAAGGCCAGAGACUGAAGGUGAUCUAUGGCUCCUGUGCUGGAUUCCAUGCAGUGGAUGUAGACUCAGGAUCCGUGUAUGAUAUUUACCUCCCAACACAUAUCCAGAGUAGUAUCCAACCCCAUGCAAUCAUUAUUCUGCCAAACACUGAUGGAAUGGAGCUGCUAGUCUGCUAUGAGGAUGAAGGAGUAUAUGUUAAUACAUAUGGAAGGAUCACCAAAGAUGUGGUUCUCCAGUGGGGAGAGAUGCCUACAUCAGUGGCGUAUAUUCGAUCAAAUCAGAUUAUGGGCUGGGGAGAAAAGGCUAUUGAGAUACGUUCAGUGGAAACAGGACAUCUCGAUGGUGUAUUUAUGCACAAAAGGGCACAAAGACUCAAGUUUCUGUGUGAACGUAAUGACAAGGUUUUCUUUGCCUCUGUACGGUCUGGGGGAAGCAGUCAAGUUUAUUUCAUGACCUUAGGGAGGACUUCUCUUCUGAGCUGGUAGAAGUUAAUGCAUUUUUGGCAAAGGAUUGCUGACAUCCGGAGUCUUCAUAACUUGGAAUCAUUUGCAACUGGAGUACAGACCUGCCGUGAUGCAGUGCCACAUGCAAAUGCGUGUUCAGGCAUCACUGGUGUUGGGUUCUUUUUGUUUUAAAACUGAGGCCGUAAUAUGCGGCUGGUGCUGUAAAGAUAUUGCCAUCAGGUGCUAUCAGAUUUGGGAUCCCACUAGAGAAAGAAUCAGGUCUCCUCCCCCCCUCCCUCCCUCCUUCCCCAGCUGCAGAAUUCCUAAGGAGAAAAGGAAGAGACUGAUAAAAACAUGUUUUUGAAAGGAGGGCAGGCAUGAGAAGGUGGCUGGAAGUGAUGU